AUGUCCUGCCAACCAAUCCGUGACGAUCUCGCCGAAUGUAUUCUUCACUCAGACUGCGUCCUCAAACAAGGCAGGACACCCAGCGAUUGCCUGACGCAUCACCAGGACGAACUUCCAACCCCCUGUCAGCACUUGAGGCGAGCACUCUUUGAGUGCAAGCGGGGAAUGCUUGAUAUGCGAAAACGGUUUAGAGGAAAUGCACCGGUUGGAGAAUCAAGAGCGGGUGUCAAUGCAACACAAACUGCUGCGACAGACAAUCAAUGA